AUGGCCGCCGCCGCCGAUGUGCGCGACAUGUUGAACUUGCCCGCUGAGGGCCAGCCCAGACCUCACAAGAAACAGAAGGUUGUGGAGAAGCGACCAGAGGGCAUCACCCGUGAACUCUACGCGUUGCUGGGCGAACGAGCACCGCCAAUCGCUAUCAAUGAGAACAAAUACAAGGGACGCCCCAAGUGGAUGAACAAGCUACGAGUGCGACCAUGGCGCAUGACUCCUUUCACGAACGGUGCUCGGACAGAUGGUCUAGUCUUGAACCACUGGCAAAGGAAGCACGAGUCGACACGCCCGCUUGCGCCCGAAGGAGCUCAGAUGGAUGUCGACGGGGUUACCGAAGAAGGGAAGGAAGACGCUCCAAAACCGCUGGAGCAGGAAUACACGUUCGCCAAAUACAACAUCAAGGCGCGGACACCACGGCGAUACAACGACGACGAGUACAACCGGCUUUUGAGAAGUGAUGACUGGUCGCGCGAGGAGACAGAUUAUUUGAUGGACCUGGCUACCGAAUAUGAUCUCCGCUGGUUGUUAAUUGCGGACCGUUACGAUUAUCAGCCACGCAUGGAUACCGAGCCAGAUGCCAAUGCGAUUGUGCGGGCGAAGCAAGUUCGCACAAUGGAGCAUAUGAAGGCGCGAUAUUACAAGAUUGCCGCCACGAUGCUGGCAAUUGAGCACCCACCUGCCGAGAUGUCCGAGGCCGAGUUCGACAUGCACGAGAAGAUGCAGAAGUUCGAUCCUGAACGAGAGAAAGCGCGCAAGGACCUGGCUGCACUGCAACUCGACCGGACCGCAGACGAAGUACGCGAAGAGGCAAUGCUGCUGGAAGAGCUCAAGCGUAUCACAAGCAACGAACAGAACUUCAUCACCGAGCGCCGCGAGCUCUACUCCCGUCUCGAAGUCCCCAUCAGCGUGGGAAACACUGCCAUGUAUCAGUCCAGCCAGGGCUUGUCGCAACUCCUCCAGACCCUCCUCCAAGCCGACAAGAGCAAGAAGCGCCGUUCCAUUCUCGGCCCCGACGGUGCCGUCGCCAGUCCCGUCGGCCAGACGCCCACACAGGCUGGUCCUCUCGGCCGUGCCGAAACACCCAGCACAAACCCAGCCGCGGGCAACAAAAAGGGCUCCAUUUCACUGCCGCAGCAGAUGGUCCGCACCCUCACACCAGCAGAAGAAGCCCGAUACGGAGUCCAGCACCACGAACGUGUCACAGCAGGUGUACAAUUCCGCAGCGACCGCGCCCAGAAACUCACACAGGCCAAAUCCAACGUGCAAACUCUCAAGCUGGCUGGUGCGCUCGCCGAGCUUGAGAUUCCUGUGCGCUUGUUCAUGCCCACCGAGCGCGUAUGCAAGGAAUUCGAGAAACUCAUUCAAUCCGUCAACAUGCUUCUGGACGCCCGCAAGGUCGCCGAAAAGGUCGAAAGCGAGAUCCGCGUCCUCGAAGCCGCCAAGGCCGAACGAGAGCGCAAGUCGAGGGAAGCUGCCGGUGAAACGCCAGCAAAGGGUGAUAACCCGGUCAAGACCGAGGCCGAAGAUGCCGGGAACAGCGGGCUGGACUCUGCUGCUGAUGCCUCUGGCGCUGCUGACGAUGGCGAGAAUGAAACGCCCGUAAAGGAGGAUGGGGCUCACAAACGGUCUGCAAGCGUGCUAAGCGUCGUCAGUGAUAAAAGUAAUAAGCGACAGCGACGGUAG